AUGUCGCUUGUUGUUCCCGAGAGGAAUCAGUUCCAGCACAUUCUGCGUUUGCUCAACACCAACGUUGACGGCAAGAACAAGAUUACCAUUGCCUUGACCUCCGUCAAGGGUGUCGGUCGUCGUUUCGCCAACAUUGCCUGCAAGAAGGCUGAUGUCGAUCUCAACAAGAGAGCCGGCGAAUUGAGCAACGAAGAGUUGGAGCGCAUCGUUACUAUUCUUCAGAACCCCGCCCAAUACAAGAUCCCCAACUGGUUCCUUAACAGACAAAAGGAUGUUGUUGACGGCAAGUACAGCCAAGCUAUCUCCAACGGUCUUGACACCAAGCUCCGUGAGGAUCUUGAGCGUCUCAAGAAGAUCCGUGCUCACCGUGGUCUUCGUCACUACUGGGGUGUCCGUGUCCGUGGUCAACACACCAAGACUACUGGUCGCCGUGGUCGCACCGUUGGUGUCUCCAAGAAGAAAUAA